CCGGAAGUUUUGUUCUUGCCCUGGCUGGUGGUGCAUAAUACAAAACUGCUGCUUCCGCAUUGCUUCCUUGUUUAUUUCGUUUUUACGAAAAACAGUGCCUUUAAAGUUGAGUUUUUCUUUCUUUGGAAACGGCGAAAACUACUCCACGAGGUUUUCCAAUCCCCAACUACUAGAAGUGCUCACGCAGAGAAAACUGAUAACGUCUAACCAGGAUUUGACUUUCAACACAUCCGAGUUUGAGAUCAGGUUUCGGUCUGAAUGGCCACAGCUGCAGAGGAGCCUCCAGAGCUGCAGGGCCUCUCUGGUAACCUGCAGAGUCAGUUCUGGAGGAGACUGUCUUUUCUCAGAGAUUCGGCUGGGACCCGAAAAAAUGCUCCUCCCGAGAGUCCAAGCACCAGCAUGACUCCGGCCAUGAAAAAGACCAUCGGCCAUCGUGGAAUUGAUACCACUGGGGAGACGACGUACAAGAAGACAACAUCUUCAGCCCUACAAGGUGCUAUCCAGUUAGGCAUCGCUCACACGGUGGGCAGCUUAAGCCAGAAACCUGAGAGAGACGUGCUGCUGCAAGACUUUGAAGUAGUCGAAAGCUUCUUCUUUCCCAGUGAGGGCAGUAACCUAACACCAGCCCACCACUACGGAGACUUCAGGUUCAAGACGUACGCCCCAAUGGCCUUCCGGUACUUCAGAGAGAUGUUUGGCAUCCGACCUGAUGACUACAUGUACUCUCUGUGUAAUGAGCCGCUGAUCGAGCUAUCGAACUCCGGGGCGAGUGGAUCUCUCUUCUACGUCUCCAGUGAUGAUGAGUUCAUCAUUAAGACCGUGCAGCACAAAGAGGCGGAGUUUCUGCAGAAACUGCUCCCAGGUUACUUCAUGAACCUGAACCAGAACAAACGGACCUUAUUACCAAAGUUUUAUGGACUCUGCUGUGUCCAGGCAGCGGGUAAAAACAUCCGUAUAGCAGUUAUGAACAAUCUGCUCCCGAGCGCCGUACAAAUGCACCUCAAGUAUGAUCUAAAGGGCUCCACCUACAAGCGGCGGGCCUCAGCUAAAGAGAAAGAAAAGUCUGAGCCCACAUACAAGGACCUGGACUUCCUGCAGGACAUGCAGAAUGGGCUGAUACUGGAGGGGGACAAGUAUAGUGCUGUUUGCAAGACCAUCCAGAGAGACUGCCGGCUUCUGCAAAGUUUUAAGAUUAUGGACUACAGCCUUCUGGUGGGAAUCCACAAUGUAGAUCAAGCCUGUCGAGAGCAGGCCAGCAAAGAGGCGGUGGCCGGGGCCGGGGCCGGGGCCGUGGACCAACGGAAGCCACAAGGUCAAAAGUCCCUGUACAGCACUGCUAUAGAGGCCAUCCAGGCUGAGGCAGGGAGCAUGGGAUCACCGGAAACAGAGGACCAAACGGGAGGAAUCCCUGCACGAAACUCAAAAGGCGAGAGGCUGCUGGUGUAUAUUGGUAUUAUUGACAUUCUGCAGUCCUAUAGAUUAGUGAAGAAGCUUGAACACUCGUGGAAAGCUUUGGUUCACGACGGGGACACUGUGUCGGUACACAGACCGAGUUUCUAUGCGGAACGAUUUCAGAAGUUCAUGUCCAAUGCAGUCUUCAAGAAGGUCUUAUUAAAGACAUCGCCGUCUAAGAAGCGGCGUGCAGUGACACAUGGUCCUUUGAGGAAGACACCUGGUGCCGGGCCUUCUCUGAUGACCCAAAUGAGCAACAACAGCCAGCACUCCAACCUCCAACAUCAAGUCAGCUCUGACACCAAAGAAGACACUGAAGGAGACAACGUCAUGCAUUCAGAUCGUCCUGACCUCCUCCCAAAGACCUUACCGCCCAGCAACGCUGUUGGCACCGCUGUUGGCACCGCUGUUGGCAACGCUACUGAAACCACCGCCGCCUCCUCCUUGGGAAACCCUGGAUUUCUUCCCACAAGUCAGCCUCCGCCUCACUCUGAGGACACCUACAAGCCAGUGGAAGUGGAUUUAAACAACACUCCGAGUAAAGACCAGGAGCUCAGCUCCCCCAAGAAAGCUCAGUAUGACGAAAGUAUCGGUUCUGAGGAUGUGAUCUCACUCAGUGACAUUCUUCCUCAAGCAAGCAAAUGCUCUGUGUAAAAGAAUGAACUUAAAGGAUCCGAUCCGAGACUUGGAGGAAGUCAUGGGCGUGGAUGAAUUGUUACGAACCCCCCUUUUGUGUGAUUUGAGGUAAAGUUUACUGUGCAUCAGCGAGACCAAGCGGACCAUUCAAUGUUUUUGUUUGCACUAUGAUAUCCAAAUCUCAACAUGGUAUGGGCAUGUCAGUGGGUGGUUGUGUUCCGACACUAGUAAUUGCGGGUACAUUAAUGCUGUGGUUAUUGAACACUAUUAUUCAUUUCAUAGGAAUGAUUCUAUGCACAACCAGAUUGUUCUUGGCACUGAUGUUUAAACUCGGCCAGCAUUUGAUGUAGAAUGUAACAUGAGGACUUUGCCUUAUUUGAGACUGUCUUUAUUUAAGUGUUUCCUGAAUUUUAUUGUCUCCUUUUUAGAAUUACUUCCUCCUUUGUGUUUACCAAAUGCUGUAGCACAUCCUUGUACAUACUCGUUUCUGUAAGUGUCUGUCCCACCACCCAAAGGCCCGAGCCGUUUCCUACUACAUGAUUGACUAAGAUGUCUUAACACAAAACCAUAUUAUUUGGGUUGGGAACACAGUUUCAAAUAAAACAUGUUUUUAAAGCAAUUUCUGUAUAUAUAUACUUGGUAAGCUGCCAUUUUUAAAGCCUACUCUGAAUGCAAAUCAUGCUGGAAAUAGAGGUGAUCCUCAGCUUGUGGUUUUUAUUUAACCAAUUAUUCUAAUAAUGGACUGUGAUUUCUAAAUGUUACCUCUCAUAUUCAGGUCAAAGGGUUAUAUUAAAAUGAUUUUUUUAUACUUACACUGUACAGUUUGAUAUCAGUUUCAGGUUUAUUGUGUCUACUGGCUUAUGUCUAAAUGUGACCAAAGAACUGAUACUCAGUGACUUGGGGCCUGCCUCAUGAAGCAAUACCAAUGAGUUAGUCAGCUAAGUUUGAGGUUUUUUUAAUAUAUAUAAAAGAACCACCUCUCACAAUUUUACAUGGGCUUAAUGAACAGAAACGCAGAAAGUGUCAUGUACCAAAAAGCAUGACAUGAUUACAAACGUGGUACAAUCACUUUGUUUUUCAUUAUAAAUUAUGAUAUUUUAAAUGGUAAUAUAGUAAAUGUUUGCAGGAUAAGCAGGUGUCCCACUGUGACUAUAAAAUAGAAUAAAGAGUAUUUCUAUUGGUAUCCAAUGACAUAUUCUAACACUGCAGCCCUGGAGAAAAUAAUGUGAUUUUCUAAGUAGGUAUAUUUUAUUUAAUAACAACAGAGCAUCUGCAUUGUUUGGGUAAUUUAUGUAAAGCAUCUGAAACUAGCCUCCACUAAUAUCAUCCAAUUGCAUAACCAUUACACCACCGGCAGUUUCAGACCUGCAGUCCAGUCCAAACGGUGGCACCUAAAGCCAAAAAGCAGCAGCAGCAGCAGCAGUUUAGACCUGAAGAUGUAGUGAUUUGCACAACCGGCUGUCAAAGAAAGUGACAGCUUCAGCAACUUUGUCUAACGGCUCAUGAGUGUAAGAACAUUUUUGUUUGUUUGCUUCCUGUUGAUAUUCGUAUCUGUUUGUUUUUAUUUUUCAACAUUUUGACCAGAUUUUUGCUUGAGUGUUAUUGUCUGUCCUUUUCUCCUAAGUAACCAGGAGAAAGAGAAGAAAACUAGGGUAGGAUGCACUGGCCAAAAGAAAUUUAGCAAUAUAUGUUGGUAGGAGUUUUGACUUUUCUUCUGAAUAUUUAAAACUAUAAACAUGGGUGGUCCUGCGUUUUUAUUAUAUUUUUUAAAAUGUUACUCUCACACUCUGCAUUAGUCCACUGGUAAUAGUCAAAAAGCUAUGUAUAAACUUAAUAUAUGGAUUACUCAAAUUUGAGUGAUCUAUUUUCUCCUUUACUUAUGUCAACCACAUAUUAAAGCUGAUAUAUUUCACACCGAUUAAGAUGUAUGGCAGUUUGAUUGUUGUAUUAUUUUCAGCUUUUUGUUUUCAUGAUCCCGAUAUUGAUAAACGAGUUGUGCAUCAAGUACUUCCUCAACAUUACUCGUACUAUUUUGUUGUAUUAAUUAUGAUCUAACCUUAACACAGCCUUGGUUGCUGCAAUUUCCCAAAAGGGUUAUCUUCUCCAUCUGUCGUUAAAUCAAUUUUAGUUGAUUUGUUGCAUGUGAUUGGAUUGUAAUUAAAGAAACGUGCGUCUGUCAUAAGCUGAACUAGUAAACCCGGGGUUAACAGAGCCAGCUGUGUGAGCUGUGUUUGUACGGGUUAUCCAAAUUUGUAAAGAGAGAUUUUUGAGACCGAGCCCAAUUAAGAUAUAGUAGUAAUGUUUUUCAUUAGGAAAACAUGGUGAUGGCCGCCUGGUGUAUAAAAGUACUAAAUGGUUUGUCUGCCUUUUGUACACAAACUGGUAGACAUUAUUGGUUGUUUGAUUCAAGCUGGGUUUUAGCACUAAACAUGGAUGUGAAAUGCUUAAAUGUUAAUUAUUGUUCGAUGUUUUAAAAUGCAGAAACGUUUUAGAAUACAUUUUUAGACAGCCAAAUUAAAUCAGUAGCUUGAAAGAUGCUUCAACUAUGCAACUAAAUGAUUUGUUUACAGCAUAUAUACUGUAUUCCUGAAUGAAUAGACAGUGGUGCAAUACAUUCAAUUACAUGACAAAUUUCCGACCAAGAAAAGAAGAACAUGCAUCAUUUGGGUAGUUUUAUACAUCCUGUUAAUGGUAUGUGGAGGUAUUUUAUUCUGCUCGCUGUUAUAUCAAACUGUCCGACCCUAUUUUGAAGUGAAACUGUGUCUUAUGGUAUGAACUUUAAAACAGUUAGACAUGCAGCCUAUGAACCAAACAUGUACAUAGUCAUAUGUAUUAUAGUAUUUAUUACUGUAUGUAUUGCUCUGGUGUCCAGCAUGUUUAUUAAUGAGUAUUGAUUGAAAAUGUGCCUUUCUCUAGCACAACAAGCUUGUAUCAAAGGCAUGCAAUUGUAGUAAAACGUGUCUUCGUUGUGAUGGUUUUGAUUAAUAUAACAAUUGUGAAAUCAUCCUUUAAUUUUUUUGUAUAAUUUGUUCAUUAGUCUUCACUUGCCUUUGCAUUAUAUACAGUAAAUGUGUGCAACUGUAUGCAAUAAUCACAAUAUUGCCUUUUCCACCAGAAUAUGUAUUUAGAAGUUCUCUCUCUUGCUCUUUUGGUGAUUUCAUGUUUUUGUACACUUCUACCUGAAUUUAUGAAAUAAAAAAUAAA